GGGUGUAGGAGCAGCGCCUGCAGGGACAGGCCUUGCCAGAGCCAUGCAGAGCCCACUGACCAUUCCUGUGCCGGUGCCAGUGCUGCGCCUCCCUCGGGGCCCCGAUGGCUUCAGCAGAGGCUUUGCCUCUGAUGGACGUAGGACCAUCCUGAGACCAGAAGUCGGAGAAGGUCAUAUUCAAGAUCCCCCAGAGUCACAGGAACAGCGGGCCCGAGCCACUCUGCGAGAGCGCUACCUCCGCAGCCUCCUAGCCAUGGUGGGGCACCCUGUGAGUUUCACGCUGCACGAAGGUGUGCAUGUGACCGCCCAGUUUGGAGCCACAGACCUGGAUGUGGCCAACUUCUACGUUUCCCAACUGCAGACUCCCAUAGGUGUACAGGCCGAGGCCUUGCUUCGAUGUAGUGACAUAAUUUCCUAUUCUUUCAAGCUGUAAAACUGUCUGCCAUUUUCCUGUGGGCAUUGCCACAGUAGCCCAGGCCUCUGACUAUUCCUGGGACAUAGAGUUCUCAGCGCCUUCCUGGACUUCCAAAGCAAUCUCCAACAAACUCUGGCUUUGAACUCAGAGGAACUCCAAACCAGAUACUGCCUGGUGCAGGAUGCAGAUAACCCUGGCUCUGAAGAGGUGGGAAGAUCAUAAACUCAAGGCCAGGCUGUGCGGCAGUGGGGGACGGCAACCUCAGACAUUCUAGAUCUCUCUUGUUGGAAGGAGUGUUCUGCUUCACACACUGAGCGUCACAGAAAUAAAUUCCUGAGGCUUGGCCUU